AUGAGGCUUUGCAUCGACUAUAGAGGGAUCAACAAUAUCACGAUCAAGGAUAAGUACCCACUUCCUAGAAUCGAUGAAUUGUUGGAUCAGUUGAGAGGAGCAAGUUGGUUCUCUAAGAUCGACUUGGCUUCAGGGUAUCAUCAGAUACCUAUUGAGAAUAGAGAUGUGAUGAAGACGGCGUUCAAUACUCGGUACGGACAGUACGAGUUUGUGGUAAUGCCGUUUGGGUUAACUAACGCACCGGCGGCGUUUAUGCGGAUAAUGAAUGAGGUGUUUCACGAUUACUUGGAUAGUUUCGUGAUCAUCUUCAUUGAUGAUAUUCUGAUCUACUCUCGGACUAAAGAGGAGCAUGAGGAGCACCUAAAGAAGGUCUUGGAGAGGUUGAGAGAUCAGAAGUUGUAUGCGAAGUUUAGUAAGUGCCGCUUUUGGAGACGAGAGAUAGGUUUCCUAGGGCACAGGGUCUCUGAACAAGGUGUAUCAGCAGAUCCGGAGAAGAUAGAGGUAAUCCGAGAUUGGCCUCGACCUACCAAUGUGACGGAGGUGCGGAGCUUUCUUGGGUUAGCCGGCUAUUAUCGGAAGUUUGUGAGUGGAUUUUCGUCCAUAGCAAAACCGAUGACAAAGCUUACUGGGAAAGGAGUUCCCUUUGUGUGGAGUGACGACGUGGAAAAAGCUUUUGUGAAGCUUAAGGAGGCAUUGACUACGGCACCGGUAUUGACAUUACCAGAGCCGGGUAAGCCUUAUGAUGUGUACGCGGAUGCAUCCAGGAUUGGACUGGGAUGUGUUUUGAUGCAAGAAGGCAAGGUGUUGGCCUAUGCAUCUAGACAACUGAGAAAGCAUGAGGAGAACUAUCCAACUCAUGAUUUGGAGAUGGCGGCUGUGGUGUUUGCGUUAAGGAUAUGGAGAUCAUAUCUUUAUGGAGAGAGCGUGCAAGUGUUUACAGACCAUCAAAGUCUUAAAUACUUGUUCACUCAAGGAGAUUUGAAUCUACGGCAAAGAAGGUGGAUGGAGUUCAUCGCGGACUACGAUUUGAAGAUCCAAUACCAUCCUGGGAAAGCCAAUGUGGUGGCGGAUGCUUUAAGUCGAAGAAAGCUGGAGGUGUGUAGAGAGAAAGAGUUGGAAGCUCUUAAUAAUGAGUUUCAGAUGCUAAGGCUUUCAGCCUUGGAAGGAGAGUCGAGUGAACCUUUGGGGUUUCAAGCUGUGAAUCAAUCAAGUUUGAUCCAAAGGAUUCGUGAAGCACAACUUAGGGAUGACAAGAUCCGUAAGAUUGUGGAGAAGAUUGAGGAUUCAGACGAGGAGAACACGACUGAGUAUCAAUUGGCGGAAGACGGGACAUUACUUGUCCAUGGAAGGAUCUCAGUUCCUGAAGGAGAUGGGCUACGAGAUGAGAUAUUAAGGAUUGCACAUCAAUCAGUUCUUAGUAUUCAUCCCGGGAGCACAAAAAUGUACAAGGAUGUACGAAGGUACUAUCAUUGGCCGGGUAUGAAGAGAGCGGUAGCGAAAUGGAUAUCGCACUGCCAAGCGUGUCAACAAGUCAAGGCGGAACAUCUUGUACCAGCAGGACUACUUCAGAGUCUGCCUGUACCAGAAUGGAAAUGGGAUUCCGUGGCGAUGGAUCUAAUCACCGGAUUGCCAGUCGCAAGAGGGCGGAUGAACAAUUCCAUAUGGGUCAUUGUGGAUCGACUGACGAAGGUAGCUCACUUACUCGCUAUUCGAGAUUCUGAUAAAGUAGAGACUUUGGCGGAGCUCUAUAUUAAUCAGAUAGUGAGGCUACAUGGGGUGCCGGCCGACAUAGUGUCUGACCGCGACCCAAGGUUUACGGCCAAGUUUUGGAGGGUGUUACAAGGGGCGUUAGGGACCGUACUAAACCUUAGUACAGCCUUUCACCCGGAGACGGAUGGACAAACGGAGCGGACCAUCCGAACGAUAGAAGAUAUGCUGAGGUUAUGCAUAUUGGAUUGGGCUGGAGUUUGGGAAGACUAUCUACCAUUGAUAGAGUUUUCCUACAACAACAGUUACCACACAAGCAUCGGCAUGUCUCCAUAUGAAGCACUAUAUGGGAGACCAUGCCGAACGCCCUUGUGCUGGACGGAGGUUGGAGAGCGGAGAGUUUUUGGGCCACAGAUAAUCGAUGAGACUAUGGAGAAACUCCAAGUUAUUCGAACUAACAUGAGGAAGGCUCAGGAUCGGCAGAAGAAGUAUGCUGAUCAAGGAAGGCGUGAAGUGAAUUUUGAGGCCGGAGAUAUGGUGUAUCUCAAGGUGUCGGCUCAAAAGGGGAGAGAUCGAUUCGGCAAGGUUGGCAAGUUAGCUGUGCGCUACAUAGGGCCAUACCGAAUCAUUGGGAAGGUUGGAGUAGUGGCUUAUCGAUUGGAGCUACCUCCAGACAUGAAUUUGCAUCCUGUGUUUCAUGUUUCUUUGCUAAGGAAACAUGUACCGGAUCCAAAUGCCAUUGAACGGGAGAGGCCGGAAGAGCUUAGGAGAAACCUAACUUACCCGGAGGGACCUCUCAAGAUUGGUUUGAGACGUGUUAGAGAGUUGAAGAAUCGGAGGAUUCCUCAAAUACAAGUGUAUUGA